AUGAAUUCAUUGCAAUAAAAGUUGAAACUUAAUAUAGGUACUCACACCCACACAGACAAUUCUGCACUGCCUGAUAUUGUUUAAAAGAGUCCUAGAAUGGUCCUUCGAAAUCUGUAAUCAACUAAAUUAAGGAGUUAAGAAUAUAUAUGCACAGAAAGAGUUAUAAAAAUGAAGGAUGUGAUUGUAUCUAAUCACUAAAGAUAGACAUCCUUAUAAAAAAUGAAUAUAUCUCAAUGCAAAUUCAAGAUUAAUAAAUUGGCUAAUGAUGAUAAUCGUGUUUGUCUACCUAAUUUCAGGAAAUGGAAUAAGGAAAAAGCUAAAAAAAUGCUAUGCGAUUACAUCAAGUAAAACAACAAAUACACAAAUAAAAUAAUUGUUAAAUUGCCUGAGUAUGAGAAAAGCGCUCCAUUCAUCACAGAGUAAUUUUCAUUCAUUGAGAAAAUACUGCCUCAAAAUCAAAAGUUCAGAAAGUAAUUAGGGUUUAGUGAAGAAAGCAUUUUGAGAAAUAAUUUAUUGCUUGAAAAAAUGUUAUUAGAAAGAUUGCUAUGA